AGAAGCCCCAUGAUGGAGAGGAUCUUGCUGUUUGUCUUGUUUCUGUCAGGCUGGAAGAUCUCCACCAGCCUUCAACAUCAGUACCACUAUGUGUCUGAUUCAAAGAACUGGACUGAAGCUCAGACCUUCUGCAGAGAGACAUACACAGACCUGGCCACCAUUGAAAACACUGAAGAAAUGAAGCAACUUAUCAACACAGUUUCAUCUGCUGGCUACAACUCUGAUGUCUGGGUUGGCCUGUACAGUAAGGUUGAGUGGAAGUGGUCCGAUGGAUACACAGGGAGUGGAGCUGAGUUUAGGAGCUGGGAAACUUCUGAUGAUGAACCAGACUUUGUUUCAGCCAAUCAGUUCUGUGUGAUCAUUGGAGGUGGAGGAGGAUGGUGGGAUGAUGAUUGCUCUUUGAAAUAUCCAUUGAUCUGUUACAGAGGAACACAGCUGGAGCCUGAAUAUGUUUUGGUGAAUGAAGCAAUGAAUUGGUCCAGCGCUCAGAGGCACUGCAGGGAGAACUUCAUAGACCUGGUCACUGUGAGGAACGACACUGAAAACACUGAGAUACAGAACCUGGUGCCAAGUGGAAACUGGGCAUGGACUGGCCUAUCUAGAGAUCCUAAUUUUUAUUGGUCUGAUCAGAGCAACUUCUCAUUCAGCAACUUGGAUAACACUGCAAACCUCAUUGGCUCUAUGAGAAUCAUAUGUGGUGUUGCAGCUCUGCACCGAUCAGGAAAAUGGAGGUUUUUGCCCUGUGAGAGAAGAUUACCAUUUGUCUGCCACAGCAUCCCUCCACCUCCAGUGAAGAGACAGGUAGUGAAGCUGAAGGAUGAAGGUGGAGGACUCCUCUGUGGAUCUGAACGACCCUGCUGUGAAAGCUGGCAUCCUGAAAAAGGCAAGUCUCCAACAUCCAUCCUGAAACACUUUAAAUGGUCACAUUCCUGUGCUCAGUGACAGCAGGCUAUAUGAAAGAUGACUUCCAACACGUAAUGUAGAUUUGGGCUAAUGUUUCAAAAUGGCUGCCAUCUGUGUUUCCAGCUCCAGGACAGACUGGAGGAGAAAGGAGAGAGUGGAGUCUCCCUGAAGUGGAGAGAGCAGCCUGAUGGGAAAGUCUUCCACAAGGAGGGAGAAAAGUCCUCAAAGGAGAAAACUGAGCUGUGAAACUGAGACAGCUACACUACACCAGCCUGUAGUUAUCAUACACAAUAUUUAACCAUAACCUGUUCAAAGUCUUUUCUUUCAUCCUCAGUAUCACUGUGUGAAAUGAAAACAUAAUGAGUGUGUAAACACACACUGUAUUUAAACCUGUGUAUCAGCUGAGCUCCUCAAAUACCUGUGUGUGACUUAAAGUACAGCAGCGCCCUCUUGUGUCUGACUGCAUAUAUUAUUGCCUGGUGUCUGGUAACAGAGAAACAGGAAAGUCAUGUUUUGUUGUUGACAAAAGAAGCGUAGAAAGAGUUCAAAUGUCUGUUCACAUCAAUUCAACAUCAAUCAUCAUUAAAAUAAAACAAAGUGAGGACAUACAGUGAGUUAACCUCCAACCAAUAUAUGACAUUCAUAACACUAUGUUGCACUUCUAUGACCAACUCUCAGCAUUUCAUGUCAAUGUACAUGAAAAGUAAACUAAUGAGUACAUGGGCACAAAUCUGCCUUUUUUUUCCAGACAACUUUCAAACUCAUUUAUUUCAAUGGAAACAUGUUUUCUGAGUGAAGCUCUACAUUCAUUAACAGAAGCAGAGUUGCAGGGAGGCAGGCUGGGGUGGAUGGUGGGUGUAUACAAAGACAUGACAUAUAUUUAAUUCCUUAUUUUUAUUUUAUUACUACUUUAAUGGCUAAACUUUCUCUACUGGUAUAUUCUUUUAAUGCUAUUAUAUCAUUUCAACCUUUGAAACCUGUUUGUUUUUUGUUUUGUUUUUGGUGUUUAUUUUCUACUAUAUUUUUUUUUCUAUAAGUAAUUGGUGGUUAACAUUCUUUCUUUAGGAGUUGUGAUUCUGUUUUGGACAGAAAACGUCAUUUGUAGCCUAAAGCAAUGACUUAUUCACUGUACUUAUCUUCCAUAUGUUACAAAUAAAGUUAGUUUGAAA